UCGGCGCUCCUGGGCUGCGGGCAGGAGGAUGGCGCAACUCCCAAGUGUGUAAUAUCUGAAGAGAUUUGCUGGAUGUGAAAAAUAACUUUCCCAAACCACCUUGGUGUUGUGCUGUGUUUGUUGGGACGAUGUUUGGAAGAUUGAGUCUUCCGCGGCUGCUUUUUGCUGGCAUCGUGGGAAUUGCUGGAGGAAUAUAUAUUUAUCAACCAAUAUUUGAACAAUAUUCCAAAGAUCAAAAGACGUUAAAAAAGAAGGUAGAAUUAACAGAAGAAUCAAAAGAGAAGACAAGUUAAUGCUACAUGGAGUUGAAUUGUAAUAACUGCAUAAAGUUUGAUUGGACUUAACAUUCACAAUAAGGAACCUAGUAAAAACUUAGAUAUGUAUUUUAAAUAUAAAUAGAUCAUAUAUAAUGAAAAAAAUACCACUUGGACUCUUCAAAACUGUCAAGGUCAUCAAAAACAAUGAGAAUCUGAGAAAUUACACACA